GGCGGGGGCCCGGGUCGCACGCUGAUGACGCGCCUGCGCGGCGCCCUAGCAACCCGGUUGCCAACGUGCGGCGAAAGGUCGCCAACAUGGAUGCGACCUCGGCCCCUCACCGCAUCCCCGCAGAGAUGCCCCAGUAUGGGGAGGCGAACCACAUCUUCGAGUUAAUGCAGAGCAUGCUGGAGCAGCUCCUGAUCCACCAGCCGCAGGAUCCCAUCCCCUUCAUGAUCGAGCACUUGCAUCGAGACAACGAUCAUGUGCCGAAGAUCAUAAUAUUAGGUCCACCCGCCUCGGGGAAAACAACUAUCGCCAUGUGGCUCUGCAAACACCUGAACACGAAUCUCCUCACCAGGGGGACCUUACUAGGAAAAGAAUUCUCCUCUGUGGCUGAGGAAGCCAGAAAGCAGUACCAGAGAUUCAAGAAAGUCCCUGACUCACUGCUCAUCCAGCUGGUUCAGGAGCGCCUGAUGGAAGAGGACUGUGUCAGGAGGGGCUGGAUCCUGGAUGGCAUUCCUCAGACUCGGGAGCAGGUGCUGAUGAUGCAGACGCUGGGGCUCGCCCCCCGGCACGUCAUCGUGCUGAAUGCUCCAGACUCGGUCCUGAUCGAGCGAAAUCUGGGGAAGAGGAUUGACCCUGUAACCAGAGAGAUCUAUCAUACCACCUUUGACUGGCCACGCGAGGCCGAAGUCCAGAACCGGCUGCUGGAGCCUGAGGGCAUCUCGGAGGUGGAGACAGCUCGGAAACUGCUGGAAUACCACAGGAGCAUCAUCAGGAUCCUUCCCUCCUACCCCAGAAUCCUGAAAGCCAUCAGCGCCGACCAGCCCUGUGUGGACGUCUUCUACCAGGCUCUGACCUACGUGCAGACCAGCCAUCGCUCCAAUGCCCCGUUCACCCCGAGGGUGCUGCUGUGCGGGCCCAUGGGCAGCGGCAAGAGCCUGCAGGCCGCCCUGCUGGCCCAGAAGUACGGGCUUGUCAACAUCUGCUGCGGGCAGCUGCUGAGGGAGGCCGUGGAAGACCAGUCGAAGCUGAGCGAGCUCAUCCAGUCCUUCUUUGACAAGGAGAUGACAGUCCCCGACGACAUCAUCCUGAAGGUGCUCAAGGGGCGCCUGGACCGGCCAGACUGCGUGCACAAAGGGUGGGUGCUGCACGGCUUCCCUCGAGACCUGGACCAGGCCCACAUGCUGGCCAGCAUGGGCUACAGUCCCAACCGGGUGUUUUUCCUGAAUGUGCCCUUGGAUUCCAUCCUGGAGCGCCUGACUCUGAGAAGGGUGGAUCCGGUCACGGGAGAAAGUGGCUGUGGGUCAUGGGCCCCUGCCACCUCCCCAAUAGGUACCACCUCAUGUACAAGCCGCCUCCCACCCCGGAGAUACAGGCCCGCCUCCUGCAGAACCCGGAGGAUGCUGAAGACCGGGUGAAGCUGCAGACAGACCUGUUCUACAGGAACUCCUCAGAGCUGGAGCAGUUCUACAGGCAGGCCCUUACCCUCAACGGGGACCAGGACCCCUACACGGUCUUCGAGUACAUAGAGAGCGGGAUCAUCAACCCCCUGCCCAGGAAAGUGUUCUGACGGCCCCACCGGGUAGCAAACCCUGGAGAAACAAGCUCAUCCUCUGCCCCCAGCCUUCUGGAAACCUCCACUAAGCCAAUAAAGAGUGCCGGCCACUG